ACGUUAUUUUUUUCAAAUUUAAAUUUAAAGUGUUAAUUAGCGUUUAUUACGAUAAAUUUUUGAAAAAUCUUAUGUUUUUUUUAAAUUUACAAUGCACAAAAUUUGGCAUAAACCUUUACAUACAAGAAAAGUGUGGAAACGUAUGACUUUAUUAAAUAAAAGUAUUUAUUAUUUACAACCUUUCGUGUUGCAUUUAAUGUAUACUUGGUUGCAACCUUUACCAUUUCCCACUAUCUUCAAAUUAGCUUAUUCCUUUAUUCUAAUCAUACUAAUGUUGAUGCCUAUUUUAGUUCCGGUUCUUAUAAUGUUGGGUUAUUAUGCAAUUGUACAGUAUUUAGUAGAAAGCGCUUUGGACAUAACUUAUCCCCAAAAUUUGAAUAUCAUACACUACUUAACACAACUUUUCAAUUUCCGUAUAGAAAAUGCUAAAUAUAUUGAAUUCAUCAACUUGUAUAUAGAAAGGUGGCGUUAUAUAGUUACAGCACUGGCUUCAUGUGUCGACUAUAUGCGUUUGGUUUUAUCUAUAGUAAUGCGUUAGUUGGUAUUGAUUAACAAAAUUACGCACUUUUUUCGAAAAUACAUUUAAUGUGUUUUUAUUUAAAUUUUAUUUCAUCACUUUUUCGUAAAUUGUGAAUGUAUGUUUUUAAUU